AUGAUUCUUUACAUAGAAACGAUGGAAAAAUUUGAAAGAGAUGGUGGUGCUAUGAAUGUUGAUGUAUGUGGUUCAUCUCGCGGAGAAGACGAGCAAGUCAAAAUUGAUGUUGAUUCAUUGGCCUCUUCCGUUGAACAUAUGAUGUCCCAAAAGUUGACAAUGUCAGAUAAGUGUUGCAUCUUCAAAGUGCCCUACAUUCUCCGAAGGCAUAGUGAAAAAGCUUAUCUCCCCAACGCAUUUUCAAUUGGCCCCUGGCAUCGUGACGGUAAACUGAUGAAAGCUACAGAGAAAGUUAAACUGAAGUAUCUCAAAGGCCUUCUCUCCCAAGCAUGUAAGGGUAUAACACUGAAGGGUUUGAUCGAAGCCAUUAGGGAGAUCGAGAAAUUGGCACGGGAAUGCUAUGCUGGACAAAUUGACAUGGAUGAAGAGGAGUUUGUCAAAAUGCUGGCAGAGAACAACUUCAAAUUACAUGAUCUGUUAGCGUACCCUCGAAGAAAAGAACCAUAA